UAUAAUAAUACGCUAAUAAUUGGCCGAAAUGGAACCUUCACCAUCCGGCCCUAUAAAUUGGCAGCCUUCCAUUCUCCCAUCUUCACCAUUACAAGUUUACAACCAAUCCCAAUUCCCAACACAACCUUAUCACAAUUCACACACUCAAAAAUCUAUUUAACCCCACCGCCCAAAAAAACCAGCCAAUCGCCCAAUCCAAUGGCAGCUUCUUCAUCCUGCUCAUCCGCCGCAUUUCUCGCCGCCCUAGCAGUCAUCUCACUGCUCGCCUCCACGUCAUCCGCCUCCAGCAGAAGAUCCCUCUCCCCCUCCUCCGCCGCCGCCGCCGCCGCCGCAACCACCAACACCGAGUUCAUCCGUACGUCCUGCAGCGCCACCACGUACCCGAAGCUCUGCUACAACUCCCUCGCCGUCCACGCCACCAAGAUCCAGACCAGCGCCAAGCUCCUCGCCACCACCGCCCUCGACGUCACCCUGGCGUCAGCGAAGUCCACCUCCGCCGCCAUGCUCAAGCUCUCCCGGACCCACGGCCUCGCCCCCCGCCAGUCCGCCGCGAUGCUCGACUGCGUCGAGGAGCUCGGCGACUCCGUCGACCAGAUCCGCCAGUCCAUCGACGAGCUUGCCGGCGCCCGCACGUCCCCCGCCGAGUUCCAGAUGAUGAUCAGCGACGUCCAGACGUGGGUCAGCGCCGCGUUGACCGACGAGACCACGUGCAGCGACGGGUUCGCCGGGAAGGAGAUGGCCGGAGAGGUGAAGACGGCGGUGAGAGGGAGGAUUGAGAAGAUUGCUCACCUCACUAGCAACGCCUUGGCUCUCAUCAACGCCUAUGCUGCUCUUCAUAAUUAA